GCAAAGUCGCUUCGGUCCUUCGCCUGCUCCGGCAUUCUUCUCCCGCCAUUCCCGUCCCUCCCCGCAGAGGUUAAGCCCCGCCCGACUCCGCUUUCCCCUCACCGUGGCCGGCGCCCAGGCCCCGCCGGCUGCUUUUCCCCGCGACGGCGGAGGCGGCAUGAAGCUGACGGACAACGUGCUGCGGAGCUUCCGCGUGGCCAAGGUGUUCCGCGAGAACUCGGACAAGAUCAACUGCUUCGAUUUCAGCCCUAAUGGCGAAACCGUCAUCUCCAGCAGCGACGACGACUCCAUCGUCCUCUACGACUGCCAGGAGGGAAAGCCCAAGAGAACACUUUAUAGUAAAAAAUAUGGAGUUGAUCUCAUCAGAUACACUCAUGCGGCCAACACGGUUGUGUACAGUUCCAAUAAAAUAGAUGAUACUAUCAGAUACCUUUCUCUUCAUGACAAUAAAUACAUUAGAUACUUUCCAGGACAUAGCAAGAGAGUUGUUGCUUUAUCAAUGUCUCCAGUAGAUGAUACCUUUAUAUCUGGCUCACUUGAUAAGACUAUCAGACUUUGGGAUCUUCGGUCACCAAAUUGCCAGGGUCUGAUGCAUCCACAAGGAAAACCUGUAUGCUCAUUUGAUCCAGAGGGGCUGAUUUUUGCAGCUGGGGUCAAUUCCGAAAUGGUGAAACUUUAUGAUCUUCGGUCCUUUGAUAAGGGUCCAUUUGCUACCUUUAAGAUGCAAUAUGAUCGAACCUGUGAGUGGACUGGCCUGAAGUUCAGCAAUGAUGGAAAGCUUGUUCUUAUUUCAACUAAUGGAGGGAUCAUACGACUCAUUGAUGCCUUUAAAGGAGCAGUUCUUCACACAUUUACAGGAUAUAAUAAUAGCAAAGCUGUCACACUGGAAGCUUCAUUCACCCCAGAUUCUCAGUUUAUAAUGAUUGGAUCAGAGGAUGGGAAGAUUCAUGUCUGGAAUGGAGAGACUGGAAUGAAGGUAGCAGUGCUUGAUGGGAAACACACAGGACCCAUUACCUGUUUGCAAUUCAACCCCAAGUUUAUGACAUUUGCCAGUGCGUGCUCCAAUAUGGCCUUUUGGUUGCCAACUAUAGAUGACUAGUCUGAAUUAACCACUUCCAAUGGACAGUUUCCAUACUGUAUUGAAAGCAAUGCAGUAUUUAUAAAGACAACUGCGAAAGUAUUGGAAUUAUGUCACUUGGAGAUGAAUAUUCCCACCUAGUACAUUCUGCAUAUGUCUCCUUUUGUCAAGCUCUUUGCUGCAUCUCCUACAAAGGAUUUCUUCAUGUGGCUAUACAGUUCCUGUUCUGAAAAUCUGAAUAUUUCUUCAGACAUCAAAUUGAAGCAGAACUAUUACAGCUGAAAUCAACUAGCAGCUUUGCUUUGGAGUACAUUUGGAAAGAAUUUUGCCAGUCCUUUGUCUUUGUGGCUGACUUUUAAACUCCCGGGAUUUUGGACUUUGUUAAAAGUACAAUUUCUAACAUAUUCUGUCCUGUUUGAAAUAUCAACAGUAUCCAUGCUAUGUACUCUUGUGCUAUGAAAAGAUACUUUUGUGCCAUACAUACAUACACACAUACAUGUAUAUAGAGAUAGACAGAGAGAUCAAUAUCAAUUGCUACAGGAACAUUGUUAAAGAUGUUUACCCUUAAGUGCUCCAACAGGUUCUGAAUCUGUAGGAAACUAUUCUGAUCCUCUUUGCCAUGGGCAGCUUCUGAAACGAACAGAUACUUGGUGUGUUUGGGUAGAAUGCCGAGCGAUAUAGAAGUCUCAGAUGGGCUGGAUAGAAAUGCACUUCCUGUAUCUCUUCCUUCAGUGUAUCUUUGCAGAUUUUAUAAAUAUAGGGAAGGGGAGAAUGUGGAAGGGUCACUAUUGUUUUUUACUAGCAGGUAUUAAAAAGUAGUAAUAUUGGACCAACACAGUAUUCUGGAAUGAGUGUUAGUGUACUUGUCUUUCUCAGAGUAUUCCAAGUUUCUGUUCUUCCAAGUAUAAAACGUCAUUCUACUGUUCACAAUGCAAAUAGUGCAGCUCCUCCCUCUGCCUACACAGGAGAUCUCCAUUCAUUAAGCACUGGGAUAUUCGGUACAUGGAAGUCGGCCUUUUUCAUUAGCGGGUUGGAUGAAAUUGUACAAUUACCAGCUGAUCUCGUUUUUAUUUCUGCUGUCACUGCAGUAGAAUGAAGGGCCCUGCUUUAACUUUGUCUAAGCAUCCUUUCCAAGAGAGCAGAAAACUUAAACUCACGUUCUUUUAACUUCCUAAGAUUUUAAUUUUAUAAUAUUGAUGCUGCAUUUCCUAUGUCAACGGUGUUGCCUCCGCUACCAUAAUCCGUCAGGACUUGGUAACAAUCUGUACGCUUAAAAAUGCAUUUCAAAGAAGCAUAAUUUCAAUGCUUCACGCUCUAGUUUUCUUAAUAUUAAAAUGCUGCUGUAUUUCCAUCCAUCAGAACAUUUGGAUAAUAUCAGCACCCUUCUUUACUACACUUGGUUUUGCUUGGAAGUGUUCAGAUUCUAUGGAAAUGUUUGCAUUAUUGGUAUUGAACUACAACCUCCAUGGAGUUGUGAUGCAUAAGUCAGCCUGAGCAAUAUAAUAAGGGAAGUUUGUUUGGGUGAAUAAAAGAAUGGGAGAGGGAAUCUUCUAGCUGACAUUAAGCUGACUGUUGGAUUUGUAUUUAAACUGGGUUUUGUGUUUAUAUCCCACAGUACGUUCCUGAGUCAGCGAACAUCUAAUAAUAUAGAUAACUCGAGCUUAGGGAAUGACUGUAGAUAUAUCAAUGUUCUACCUCUUGGCUUAUUUGUGAAAGAUUUUGCAGGCCAGUGAGCGGCAAAUUUGGGACACAGGGAAGGAUUGUUGUUCACAGUGCCCUUUGUGACAAUUCAUUACACAAUACACUAUAUGUUCUUUUUUAUGGCCAGUUCAUCUAGUAAAAUAUAAAUACCAUUUAAUCAUCUUUAGACUUGUUUGUAAUUUUAGCAUCAUUUCUUCACUGACACAAAUCAAUAGAAACAUCUUUUUAAAUCUUGAAUACACUGCCUUUGACCUAGAACUGCUUUUCAUUAAAAUUAAAUUGAGUAAAAGUUAAUUUUUUACUGGGAGUUGAUUGUGGGAUCAUUUUUUUUCCUUUAGAAAUGUUAUCAUUUGCAAUGUAGUCUGAUUUCUUACAUUAUGCAUUUUAAUAACAUACUGCUUUUUUACAUCUGUAUUUGCAGCUUGAAUAUUUUUUAUAAAUAUUUCCAGUCAAGAAUAAAUUACAGUAUUAGGUAUAAGAGAGGAUUGCUGUCCUGUAUAAAUUGAUUUUUAUUCCUUUUUAUUUCAUCUCUUAAGCAUAUCCUUGUGACAAAAUACAUUGGUUGGCUAUUUUAUUACUAUUUUAAAAGCAUAAAUAAAAUCUGAAGCAGCUCAAGAUAGUAACAUAAAUAUGCAAUUGCAUCCAGCCCAUUUUCAUAAUUGUAACCCAUUUGGAUGUUGAAAAUGCAGUGUUAUAUUUUGACUAGCUUGUGUAUUUCCUUCUGUCUUAAAUGUUUUUGGACAAAAUACCAUUUUUUAAAAAAAAAUUGUCAAUUUAGUAUUAAGUGAUUUCGCUAAAUAUACUGCCUAAUUCCUCAAAUGUUUUCUAAAGUACGUCUAGUGUAAUUCUGCAGAUUGCUCUAGUGAUCCUCUCCUUCCUCUACUAUUUUGGUGGCUGCCAUUGUAAUAUUGUAAUCCAAAAAUGAAAGUGUCUCCAUUGCAAGGGAGAAAGUAAAAGGAAAGUUACUUUUUUCAAUUUUAUUUUCCAGUGCCCUUUCCAAUUUGUUCAAAAGCAUUUUCACAAAAUAAUCAAAUAACAUCUCUUUUAAAUUUUCUUAACAUUAGUUCAAUCUUAUGCUUUUUUAUCAAAUGUUUUUAAAUUUUAAAUUUUCCUUUUGUAAUCCACAAACGUUGAUUCACCAAGUUGAAUUCUCUUACCCUGCUGCUCCAAAAAUCUCUAUAGCUGUAAAUUAAUUACAUCCAAGUUUUUAAGAAAUUAUUGCAUCGCGGUUAUGAGCUUGAUUGAAAUCCCUCAAUUCCCAGCCACUUACUCAUGGCCCAACAACCACCUUAGUUUCUGCAAUCUAUUCACAAGGAGUAGUAAUCCAGAGUACAAGUGGGCGAUCUCACAAUUUCUUCUUUAUCCAGAAAGCCUGUUGGGAAGUAUUUAUCUGACCGCCAAUCUAUGCUUCAGUGCCAUCCCAGCGCCUUCAAGGAUAUUUAGUCCAUCAUGAAUUUCUCAUAACAAGAUGUCAAUGCUGCUAACAUUCCAAAAGAAGCUCUUCACAAGAAGCAUCAAGUUACACUAUACAAUGUGCAAAUGACCAAAUUAAGGGAAUUAACAGCAGGUAAACAUUAUUGAAUGUAUUUUUCAAUGACACGACUAUAAUUUCCAAUGCAAAAGAACUUCAAGAAUGUGUCAGUCUUCAGCUUAACAGUUAAUUUCAAAAAAUCCACAAUAAUUGGCAUUUAUACACUCCAUAAACAAAAAUAUUUCUUAUACCUCAGAUCUUCCCCUUCAAAUUUAGGCAACUGGGAAUUAGCAUAUUAAAUAAUUAAAGCUACUCCAUAAUGAUCAUAGCCCUGCUUGGAAUUUUUAAAAAUAUGAUUUAUGUAAACAUUUUGAAUGGUAUAGCAGCAGCAAAGGUGUGCUUCCAUAAUUGAUUUCAAACCCUCUCAAAAAAUAAAUGUUGACAAAAUUCUAAUUGGCAGAAACAAGUUUAAUUUUGUUUUAAAUCAACAUAUACCAUAAAAAGAAACAUGCCACAAAAAAAAGGGCAUCUCUUAAAAAUAUAGUAAACAGUUGACUGGCAUGAACCAUGCCUUGAAUUCUACCAAACAAAGGUCUGAAAUAUAAAAUGCUCAGUGCUGGAAUAAGUAUCUCUUUUCUCCCCAAUAGUUCGAAUUAAGAAUUUCAAUAACUACCCAAUUUGGAGGAUGACGGUUUCAGAAUUUAUUCUACAUAUUUCAGUUCUAACUCUGUUGAGAGUUAAGGCACCAGGCUAGAAGGAAUGAGACCGUGAAUUCAAAUCUCACCUCAUAGGGUUGCUGUUGUGGGGAAAAUGGAAAGAAGAUGUGCUGGAUAAGUUCGCUGCCUUGACUUAUUUGUAAAAAUAAUGAAGAUGGACUAGAAAAAACAUACUUGAAAUAUAUGAUGGCAAUAUACGAUGGACUAAAAGAAACUCAACUUAAGAGCGAGAGGAACAAUUGGGUUUUAUUUAGAAAUAAAGAUUAAAUAUUAAAUUAAAAUUAAAGGUAUUUGCCAAUCUCUAUUGCGCAUCAAGGAUUUUUUAUCAGUAUUCAUAAAGAAAUUAUAUCUUAAAACUUUUACAUCAGUGGCAUCAAGCUCCUAUAUGUCUUCUCAACAUUUAGUGAGAUGCUGGUGAAGCUGACAGUCAAAGGGAACAUUCUUCCAUCUUUGGUGAGAAUGCAAUAAAGUACUGGAAUUUUGGAAGAAUGUGUUUAAAGAAAUAUAUAACUAAACAAAAGAUUCAAUUGCUAUGCAUAUUUGAUGGCUAGAUUAAGAAAUCACAGAAUAAAAAACAUUAAAUUUUUACCUAUUGCAGCUCAAUUGAUUAGUUAAGCAAUUUGGAAUACCUGGAAAAUAGUUCAAUGGAGAGAUGGAAAGAUAACAUCUGGUUAUACCUUUAUCUGAAAAAGUAUCUGAUAAAAUCAUUUCUGUGACAAGCCAAAGGAAUGAAACUUUAUAAUGAAUCGUGAAAUGUCACUACUUACGUAAGACAAUCAUCCUGGAAAUAGCUUAUUUCAAAGACUGGGUAUAUUAAAAUGUACCAGUACUAUGUAAUUUUUUAAAAAUGCAUUUAAAGCUAAUAAAUAAAAAUGAAAUGACCUUGCUAUUGCAGACAAAUGAGA